AUGAUAAAGUUAGCUAUUCUGCUCGCUGUCGGCGUCAUCGCUCAGCAGACUUAUUGCGAUGAGCCUGAACGAAUCGUCGGCGGUGACACAGCCACUAUCGGUCAAUUUAAGUAUCAAGUCUCCCUUCAAUCUUAUGGCGAACAUAUUUGCGGAGGUACCAUAAUUAGUGAUACACACAUUCUCACCGCUGCUCAUUGCGUAGACGAUACUUUCUAUACAGAGGACAUGGUUGUCGUAAGCGGAAUCGUUACCUUGGGAGUUGGUGGCGAAAAACACGACAUUAAAUGCAUUCGGAUACAUCCAGAUUACACCGGUGAAAGAGAGGGCGGCUGGAAACAUGACAUUGCUGUGAUUACCUUGAAGAAACCGAUCGAAACAAACAAUGUCCAAGGUCCGAUUGCUUUAGCGACUAAAGACCACAUUAACGGCGGUAAGCGCGGUAUCGUAAGCGGAUGGGGAAAAACCAGAAUAAGUGGAUCAGUCUCGGAGAUUCUUAGAUGGCUUACCGUGAACGUCUUGAGCCAAGAGCGUUGCCUGCAUGGUCAUAAAAAUCCACGUACCAACGAAAAUCAAAUAUGCACGUUGGAAAAGGUCGGGAAAGGCGCCUGCCAAGGUGACAGCGGUGGUCCGCUUGUUAUCGAUAAUGAGGUUUGCGGUGUCGUUUCUUGGGUCUUGCCCUGCGCUUUGGGUAUAUCCGAUGUAUACACUAACGUUUACAAGUACCGCGAUUUCGUCACAGAAUCCCAAUUAUUGUGUUGA